CUCUCUCUCUCUCCUACAUAUCUCAUCCUCUCCCAUCCUUUCAUUCUUCGCUCUCUUGCCGGCUCGCAUUGUGCUCCGCUCAUCCAGUGCCUUAUUAGACGUUCAAAUUAGAAAUUAAUAUCAGAACAAUUACAGCCACCAUGGAGAAAAUCGCCACCGCAUAUAAGGAGAAGAUGAAGGAGCUGUCCAUGUUUUCUCUGAUCUGCUCCUGCUUUAACCCGAGACUACACAAGAACCUGGACAUCAAGUCAGACGAAGACUUGGAGGUGAAGCCCAUAAAUAAGCGGGCCUCAGGCCAGGCCUUUGAGGUCAUCCUGAAGCCCCCCUCGCCUGUGUCCGAUGUGGCCCACAGCAUCACGUCCCCCCCGAAGAAAAGGGACAUCUCCCUGGACGACAUCCAGAAGAAACUGGAGGCUGCAGAAGAUCGCAGGAAAUCGCAGGAGGCGCAGGUCCUGAAGGCCUUGGCUGAAAAGCGUGAGCAUGAGCGGGACGUUCUGCUGAAGGCCAUGGAGGAGAACAACAACUUCAGCAGGAUGGCUGAAGAAAAACUCACUCUGAAGAUGGAGCAGAUCGACGAGAACCGCAGGGCCCACCUAGCGGCCAUGUUGGAGCGCCUGCAGGAGAAGGAGCGACAUGCUGCUGUGGUCCGCAGGAACAAGGAGCUGAGAGAAGAACUGACAGCGUGAAUGAAUUUACCCUUCAUCACUUCAUCACUCCCUCCAUCAUCCUGCUGUUACACACACACACACACACACAGACACACACACACAGACAUACACUCGCGCAGUCCUGUCUAGUAACUCCUACAGUUUAAAUGGUCUUGCUCGAUUUCAUAGACUAUCACUCAUAGAUUAGUUUGUAAAUACAUCUUUUUUAUAUCUAUCUAUCUAUCGAUCUAUCUAUCCAUCCAUCUAUCGCUCUAUCUAUCUGGUUAUCUUUCUAACGGUUAGUUAGAUUGAACAAAAACAGCCGUCAGUUGUAUCAAACCUAUCCACGAUACAGUGUCACAAUCUGUUUAUCUACCUGGUCAUUUUUACUCUGUUGAUGAUGAAAACUAUUGUUUGUUUAUUUAUUGGUUUCAGAGCUUCUGGAAUGAUCUUGUGAAAGGCUUUGAUGUUGUGAGUAAGCCCACCCAAGCUUACGUUUUGCAGUGUUAAAUGAUGGUCAGUUUCCGUGUCAUUGUGAAGAGCGCUGCACUCGAGCCCCGGCAUCGUAUACAGACUUAACCCCUUAUAAACACACAUACGCGCAUAACGCAUACGCAAAGUACUUACGCUUAUGUAUGAUAUAACCCACACAUGGCGAUCCUUCCUUCUGCCCACUUCAGACAAACUCCAUGGAUUCUUCAGGGGUUUAUGCUUAAACAUUUCACUCAUCUGCAGCUUUUGGCCACUCUGGGCUUAAAGGCAUGGUUCAGUCAGUAAUGCUAACGUUGCUAACAAUGAAUGGAAGUGAAUAGUCACCGAGUAGCAUUGUUGCAGUGAUGAUAUCACCCUUUAUUUUUUAAAAUUACAUAUCCUUUUACACAGGAAUUUUAUAGUAAUUAAACAGGAGGGCGCAAAAUGUGAAGACGUGUGUUGCCUCUUUCUGUACCGCCCCCUGGUGGCAGAUUGGAAAUCAACUUGGAUACAUUUUUUUCUUUACCAAGUCA